GUGGAGACCACACCAUUGCAUACCCCAUCCUGCAGGCGGUGGCUGAGAAGCACGGCCCGGUGGGUCUGGUCCACGUUGACGCUCACGCUGACACCAGUGAUGUGGUUCUGGGGGAGCGGAUCGGACACAGGACCCCCUUCAGACGCUGUGUGGAGGAGGGGCUGCUGGACUGCAGCCGGGUGGUGCAGAUCGGCCUGCGGGGGUCCGGUUACUCCGCCGACUCCUACGCCUGGAGCCGUGCUCAGGGUUUCCGUGUAGUGCAGGUGGAAGAGUGCUGGUUCAAGUCUCUGGCUCCCCUGAUGGAGGAGGUCAGGGGUCAGAUGGGAGGGGGUCCGGUGUACCUGAGUUUUGAUAUCGAUGCUCUGGACCCCGGCUUCGCUCCGGGCACCGGGACCCCCGAGAUCGCCGGGCUCACCUCCAUACAGGGAGUGGAGAUCAUCCGCGGCUGUCGGGGUCUGAACCUGGUGGGCUGUGACCUGGUGGAGGUGUCUCCCCCCUACGACACCACCGGAAACACGGCGCUGACCGGAGCUAACCUCCUGUUUGAGAUGCUCUGCGUCCUCCCCAACGUCAAAUACCUCUGACUCAAUGAAGACACACAAAGUAUUGUUUACAGCCAAUGAGAGGACAGAUGCACUGAAGAUUAUUCUAGUCUCUUUGUGGUUAAUUAUAAUAUCAUUCUGUGCUUUAUAAAUGAAAUAUAAGAUGUAAUUAAAAUGUAAAAUAAUCUAAUGAUUGUGCAAUAUUUACAUAUAACUCUAUCAAUGGAGUUACAGUUUAAUAAAGUAAUACAUACUAAUAAA